UUUUGAAUUGCGUAGAGCUUCCAAGAUUAGGCUAUCAAGAUUAGGUUCUCGCAUUGUUAAAGAGCUUCCAAGAGAGAGGCAUUUCUCAAUGCGUGGAAUGAGGAUUCUACAAAGGUCAUAUGGCGAAUAUCUGCAAUCUUCGGCAAUGCCACAAAGGCAAACUAGAAGUUUCCAUGAAGCAUUUUUCUCGAUUAAUCAUAUGUUUUCUGCAUCAUAUAGCACAGCCUCUGAAAAAGGUGGCGAAGAAACAGAAAAGAUAAACGUUAUCUUUGUUGAUAAAGAUGGAGAGGAAAUUCAUGUUAAGGUCCCCAUUGGAAUGAACAUCCUUGAAGCUGCUCAUGAAAAUGAUAUUGAACUCGAAGGGGCGUGUGAAGGUUCUCUAGCAUGUUCGACGUGCCAUGUCAUUGUUAUGGAAACCGAAUACUACAACAAACUCGAAGAACCAACAGAUGAAGAGAAUGAUAUGCUAGAUCUUGCUUUUGGGUUAACAGAAACGUCGCGAUUGGGAUGUCAAGUCAUUGAUGGAGUACGCUUAGCCAUUCCUUCAGCUACCAGAAAUUUUGUUGUUGAUGGGUUUGUUCCAAACUGGUUUACGGAUACUAAACUGGUUUACUAUCCGUAAAAAAACUCAUUACAUAAAAUUACCCUUAGGGAGUUAUACAAAUGUAUUUCAGACGGUGAGAUUUCAAUUGCAGCAUUGUCUUAUUGUUUC